AUGGUUGACAGAAAAGUCUAUGUAUUAGACUCUCGUGCAUGUAAGCGCGAGUUGGAGAUUAAGCCCACAUUAAAUGUGGUAUUUCGAUCGGUUGUAAAUUUAGGAGGGAGAAGACCUAAAAACAACGUUGCUUGGGAUGAAAUUGAGUCUCCUCAACAACCGGGUGGUGUGGAGUGCGGAUAUUAUGUGAUGAGAUACAUGUAUGAAAUAUGCACUCUAUAUUCUGAUUUUGAACAUUUAGACACGGCAUUUGAUGCAAAGCCUUACUCACAAGAGCAAAUUGAUGAGAUUUGUGAGGUUUGGUCUAAAUAUUUUAUUGAAGAAUGCAUAUAACUUUGAAAUGUUAAGAACUUUCAUUUGAAUUGUUGAGAACUUAGAAGUGUUGUGAAUUUAUGCAUUGAAGUGUUGGUAAUGAAGUUUAGUUUACUUUUUGUUGAGAACUUUGAAGUGUUGUGAAUUUUGGCAUUAAAGUGCUAAAGUGUUAGUAAUGAAGUUUAGUUUACUUUGUGUUUAAA